GCGCUGAGUGCCUGGCCCCUCCUCCGCCCGACCACAGCUCUUGGCAUUCGGGCUGGAAAUCCAGUGAAAAAAGUUCCAAGAUCGACGAGAGAGCUCCAGCACCACUCCAAACUCCGCAACCUCUUUAUCCACGCACCGUCAGGCUUGUCGCUCGUCAAGUCACUGUCGUCAUGUCCGCCGCACAACUACUAAAUCCCAAGGCCGAGUCGAGGAGGCGGGGCGAGGCGCUGCGGGUCAACAUCAGCGCCGGCGAGGGUCUCCAAGAUGUGCUCAAGUCGAAUCUGGGCCCGUUGGGCACCAUAAAGAUGCUGGUAGACGGCGCCGGCCAGAUCAAACUGACCAAGGACGGGAAUGUUCUUCUCCGGGAGAUGCAAAUACAAAACCCAACUGCCGUCAUGAUUGCACGUGCGGCAACGGCGCAGGACGACAUUUGUGGCGAUGGCACAACAUCGGUGGUGUUGCUAGUCGGUGAGCUGCUGAAGCAGGCGGACCGCUACAUCCAGGAGGGUUUGCACCCGCGAGUCAUCACAGACGGCUUUGAGGUGGCCAAGAACGCGGCUUUGAAGUUCCUCGACCAGUUCAAACUGCCCCGCGAUGUCGACCGCGAACUCCUCCUCUCCGUCGCUCGCACAUCUCUCGCUACCAAGCUGAGUGGCAGCCUCGCCCAGAAGCUCACGCCUGAUAUCGUCGAUGCAGUUCUCGCGAUCUACCAGCCGCCUGCGAAGCCCGACCUGCACAUGAUCGAGAUCAUGAAGAUGCAGCAUCGGACGGCCUCCGACACUCAGCUCAUCCGCGGCCUCGCCCUCGACCACGGCGCCAGACAUCCCGAUAUGCCCAAGCGCGUCGAGAACGCUUAUAUCCUCACGCUCAACGUCAGCCUCGAGUACGAGAAGUCCGAGAUCAACUCGGGUUUCUUCUACUCAAGCGCUGAGCAACGGGACAAGCUCGUCGAGAGCGAACGCCGCUUUGUGGACGCUAAGCUGAAGAAAAUUGUGGAGCUCAAGAAACAGGUCUGCGGCAACGAUGGCAAGAAGAACUUUGUCAUCAUCAACCAGAAGGGCAUUGACCCUCUGUCUUUGGAUGUGCUGGCCAAGAACGGUAUCUUGGCGCUGAGGAGGGCGAAGAGGAGGAACAUGGAGAGACUGCAGCUUGUCUGCGGUGGUGUUGCCCAGAACAGCGUUGACGACUUGAGCCCCGAGGUUCUUGGCUGGGCCGGCCUCGUCUACGAACAGCAGCUUGGCGAGGAGAAGUUCACCUUCAUCGAGGAUGUGAAGGAGCCCAAGUCGGUCACGAUUCUCAUUAAGGGCCCCAAUCAACAUACCAUAACCCAGGUCACAGAUGCGGUCCGUGACGGUCUGCGCAGCGUCUAUAACAUGAUCGUCGACAAGAGCGUGGUUCCGGGUGCCGGUGCUUUCCAGGUUGCUUGCGCCGAGCAUUUGAAGAGCGACGCCUUUCGCAAGACGGUGAAGGGCAAGGCGCAAUACGGUGUCGACGCAUUCGCUGACGCGCUUCUCACCAUCCCCAAGACGCUCGCGGCUAAUGCCGGCCUUGACGUUCAGGAUUCUAUUGCCAAACUUCAGGAUGAGCAUCGGGAUGGCAAUGUUGUCGGUCUUGAUCUGGCAACUGGUGAGCCUAUGGACCCCACUCUUGAGGGUGUGUACGACUCCUUCCGAGUCUUGAGGAACUGCAUUGCUUCUAGCUGCGGGAUUGCCUCGAACCUCCUCCUCUGCGAUGAGAUGUUGAAGGCACGGCAGAUGGGGCGGUCUGGCGGACCUGGUCCUGGUAUGGAGGGGCCGGAGGAGUAAAAAGUAAAGAGGCAUCAUUCACGUCUGUUUGUAAAUUACUUGCUUCGACCAUGCAACAGAAUAGACGUGAUGUAAAGCAAAUGGCAACUCUAAGCCUCCUUGUUCGAGAUCAAGUCCAUGCCACGGCCCUUAUCGAGGAUUGCGGGGCAGAGAGCGUCAG